UGACGUCGGAUCCGGCGUCGGGCGGCGCCGCUUCCGUCGCGGUCCGUGACGUCACUUCCGCCCGCGGGCUGGCGGACCAAGAUGUCGGGGCUACGGCUGGAUCUUGGGCCGGCGCGUGAGCCCUUGGGGCUGGUGCGGGGCCUGCAGUGGUUUUUCUCCAUCUUCGCCUUCGGCACCUGCGGCGGCUACAGCGGCACCGUCUCCUUCUGGGUGAGCUGCUGGGGGCAGCCCAACACCACCGUCAGCGCCCCCGUCGCCUACCCCUUCCGGUUGAACUACGCCACCUUCACGCCCUCGUUGGCCAACAUGUGCAACAAGACGUGGGAGGCCGACGUCCACCUGGUGGGGGACUUCUCCUCCGCCGCCCAGUUCUUCGUCACGGUGGCCGUCCUCGCCUUCCUCUACAGCAUGGCCGCCCUCGCCAUCUACCUGGGCUACUUCCACCUCUACCGCGGGGCGGGCGGGAAGCUGCCCUUGGCCGACUUCUUGGCCACCGUGAGCUUCUCCUUCCUGUGGCUCGUGAGCUCCUCGGCGUGGGCCAAGGCCCUCGCGGACGUCAAGGCCUCGACGGCGGCCCCCCUCCCCAGCUGCGACCGCCCCGCCGUCGCCUGCUUCCCCGCGGGGGUCACACCCAUGGGGUCCCUCAACGUCUCCGUGAUCUUCGGCUUCCUCAACUUGGUGCUGUGGCUCGGCGGCUCCUGGUUCGUCUACAAGGAGACCAACUUCCACCGCCCGGCCCCGCCCUCCGGCCCCGCCCCGCCGGCCGCCAUGUAACCCCGCCCCACCCCGGCGCGGCUCUAUGGGGGGGUGGGGGGUGGGGCAGGGCGUGUCCCCGCCCCCUCCGGCCCCUUCCCAACCGCCUCGUCCCACCACGUGGUUGUCACCGGCGCCACCUUGAGCCGUUCCCCGGGGGAGACGCCCCCAAAUCUUGUUCCUUCUCGGUUUUA